AUGCAGGCAACGUUGGACUUGGACCAUUCCGUGAAUGUUUUCUACGAGGGACAACAUAAGAUCCUCAGAUUUUACUCAGUGUGGCCGCAGCGGAAACGCCUUGAUCCCAUUAAUUUCUGGCACAUUUUCGGUUUUUGGAUUAUGGGAUUUAAUCUGAGCUUGCUGCUUAAGUUAGUCAUAAAUAUCAACUAGUUGGAUGAGAUGAUUAGUGUCUUUGUCGUGCUGGCCACUAGUAUUGCCUAUACCUUCAAAGUUUUGGUCAAUAAGUUUAACAAUAAAGAGAUGCUGGGACUCUUUCAGAGCUUUCACUCGAGACAUUUUCUGCCCAUGAACAUCCAUGAACAAACCUUCUUUGCGGAGGCCCGUGGGUUCAGUCGAAAGAUGCGCAACUACUAUGCUGGCAUAUAUUUUACAGCGCUGAAUGCCCUGCUCCUGACCCAGUAUUUGAUCGAUAACACCCAGCUGCCCCUGGCCACCUAUAGUCCUCAGGACCUCUGUAUUGCUAUCAGUGUGUGGCCUUGUCGCUCGGCUGUUUUCUCGCUCUGCUCUUCGCUCUUCAUUUUUGUCAAAUGCCAGUUGGACAUGUUGGCUUUGCGCUUGAACAGCAUUGGACGUCAUCAGGAGGAGCUGAAAGAACUGCAACUUGGAGAUCAAAAACAGGAUCAAUUGGUACAGCAGGAACUCAUCAGUUGCAUACUCUAUUACAUGAGGAUUGUUGAGCUGGCUGCCAAUGUGGAGCGCCUACUCUACAAACCCAUAUCUGCGCAAAUAUUUUGCUCAGUACUUGUUCUUAUCGCCAAACUUUCUGAUGACUAUGUGGUGUUUGUUAAGUUCUUUACCUAUCAGUGUUGUAUGCUUAUGCAAAUCUUUAUACUGUGCUACUACGCCGGCGAGAUUUCGCAACGCAGUGCGGAGCUGAAACACGAACUUUACAAAUCCAACUGAGUAGGUUGGAAUAAGUCGAAUCGAAAGCUUUUGCUGUUAUUUAUGUUGCGUCUGGAGAAUCCAAUACGGAUUAGGACAAUGAAUGCAAACCGAUUCAUCGAUGUGGCAUUGUUCAGUUCGCCUCAUUACGGGCACCCGUACGGACCCCAUGAAUCAAUUGAUAUAAAAGAGCCCAUAUUCAAACACAACAAAUUUUAG